AUGCCAUCGUCCGCCACCGUCACACUCUUCCAAACACUCGACGUCGAGUCUCUCGACUCUGGCAAUCAACUUCCGGGAGAUGCUGUGGCCAAAGUCAAGUCCCAGCCUGAUUUCCAGCAAGGUUUCUUUGGCCAAAAGCUCGAGGAUCCAAAGACCUGGGUGCUGGCAACUGAAUGGUCAUCCGCCUCUGCAGCAAAGCAGUGCAUCACCAGAAUCAAGGAUCAUGUCAGGGCUCAAGAGACAUUUGUUUAUCAGUUUGACACGGCUGUGUUGAAGGCGCCAUGCACUGAGGUGUUUACUGCUUUUGAGACGGAGGAGGGGUUUGAGGAGCAGGUUGCGCGGUUUGUCAGUGCUGUUGAGGGGGAUAAGCUGGAGGGGUAUAAGGGUGCGGAUUAUGGGGCGGAGGUGAAGGUUGAUGGGGAUGGGGCUGGGGAGAAGAGUGUGAGGAUGGUUAUUGGGUGGGUCAGUAAGGAGGCGCAUGUUGAGGCUAAGGGGAAGCCGGGAGCUAUUCAGGAGAAUAUUGGGGAGUUGAGAGCGAAGAGGAAGGGGGUGGAUUUGUUCCAUGUUAACUUUAAGGAGCUGUGA